AGGGCCAACUACCCCUCAACCCUGCAUCCACCCCAUCUCUCCCCUUCUGCUUCCUUCCCACCUUUUCCAAUUUACAUACUGCCAAGGCCAACAAACCAUCAUCAAAUUGUCACCAAACUGCAAUCCCAAAAACCUUUCUUUCUUUACUCCAAAACCCCAUAAAAGCUUUUAUUGAAAGGCAACGUUCUUGUUUUUGGCUUACACCAUAGGCAAAAGCAUUCAGUCUUGAUGGGCUAUCUAUCAUGUAAAGCAGAAUCAGCAACUUUAACCUCCAAUUCUCACCUUCCAGCUUCGUCUAAGAAAACCCAUCAAGUUAAUUCCCAAGAAAAAACAAAAGAGAAGCCUGUCAAGAUCCAAGAAUUUGACUACAGUGAUCUUGAAGCAGCCACCAAUGGCUUUUCUGAGCAGAAACUGUUAGGCAGAGGUAGCCAUGGCCUAGUUUACAAAGGGGUUCUUCGCAGUGGGCGCUUGGUUGCCAUCAAGAAGCCUGCAAGAGGGUCAAGAAUCUCCUCCACAUCAGAGAAUUCAGAAGUUGAGAAUGAGAUUGAUAUUCUGUCAAAGCUGCAGAGUCCAAGACUGGUAAAUCUUGUUGGUUUUACUAAUAGUGAUUCUCAUGGUCGCCUUUUAGUUGUUGAAUUUAUGAGUAAUGGUACUCUUUAUGAUGUUUUGCACUCGAAUUCUCGCCCUCCCACUUGGGGUAGAAGAAUAAAAUUGGCAUUACACACUGCAAACGCUAUCGAUACUCUUCAUUCAUCAAGUCCCCCUGUCAUUCACCGUGAUAUAAAGUCUGCCAAUGUGUUGAUAGAUAGGAAUUUUAAUGCCCGGUUAGGCGAUUUUGGACUAGCCUUAAGAUGCCAUGUUGACGAUUAUAGAUUGAGGUCAACUCCCCCGGCAGGUACAAUGGGGUAUUUGGAUCCUGGUUAUGUGACCCCUGAUAACUUGAGUACUAAAACUGAUGUGUUUAGUUUUGGGAUAUUGCUGUUGGAGAUUAUUAGUGGGAGGAAGGCUAUUGAUGUGGGGCAUUCACCGCCUUCCAUCGUGGAUUGGGCAAUUCCAUUGAUUAGGAGAGGGAAGCUUGUGUCUAUUUAUGAUCCGAGGAUUCCACCCCCUAGGGACCCUUUGGUGAGGAAGCAGCUGGCGGUAGUUGCCGCAAAAUGUGUGAGGUCUUGUAGGGAGAGGCGGCCAACGAUGAAGGAGGUGGUUGAAUGUUUGAGUGGGUUGAGUAAGUUGGUUCCCUUGCAUUCUUGGAAUGGUUUGACUAAUCCUUGUUUGAUGGUUGAGACUGUUGGGAGACCUGUCGAGUCAAGGAGUAAUAAUGUGAAUGUGAAGGAAAAGGGGGAUGAACAAGGGAAUUUGGAUGGAGAAGAUGGUGCAUUACUUGCAAGAGCAUUGAGAAAUUCACGGAGAGUGUACUCUGAUCUGGGAUUUAGAAGUAAUUUGAUGGAUUUAUUGAAUGGGAUUCAUGGGGAGUCUGAAUUUCCAGAAGACAACAGUGGGAUUAAGCCUUGUGAGCAACCUGAGUCUGGUGGUUUUAGUUGCAGAUUUGAAAGUGAAAAAUUCGUUGGCAGAAAAAGCAAUCUGUCUCUGGUCUGCGGCAUUGACAAACUUGGCGCUUCGCAACUAUCAAGAAACCAUACAGUCAGCGAAAAUACUUCAGACAAACAUUCUGAAGGGAAUGCUACAGUUCUGUGAUCCAUUUUUUUGUACCUCUCUGUAAUCUGUAAUGCUUUUCCAAAGGGCCAUUUGAGGUCCCUUAGUGAUUCGGUAACCAAGCGAAGCUCAUGUUUGUAGCUUCUCUUGCUUUCAAAUCGCAUUGAUGUAGAUUAUUUGAGGAUUUCAAUUAAUUCGCUUCCUUUUUGUUUUUUACAAUGUAAGUGCAUGCGUUGGGCCAACAAAGAAACUAGUAGCUCAAGGGCACACACAUUGAUUGUAUGUUCUUUCUCAUUCCAUUCCACUGAAUUGAUUGAUCAAAGCUCAUUAACAAUGGAAUUGCUGUACAAAGUCGAUAGACAUUACUUUA